AUGGAAGAUAGACCUCGAAGCCGGAGCCAAAAGCUAACUCGACAGGUCUUUCGCGCCUACACAUACACGACAGCCGCAUGGCUGUCGCUUCAGAGUCUACCUUUGAUAGCCGGACCGAGCAUGAUAGUGACCCUGCUCUUGGAUGAGACUCGGCCUGCUUCCCCCAUUGAAUUAUACUUCGCCCGGUGUUUCGGCUUCAGUCUUCUCACAAUUGCCGUUUUGACCCUGAUGCUAACCGGCUCCAUCCCCUUGACGGCCGGGAUCAGGGAGUCUGUGUCAACAGAGGACGACGAUCCCAAAGCACCAUACGCUGUGCCAACUCUGAUGGUGACCUCUAUUUUCCACACCACAUGUGCAUUUUACGCGUACACCUGGUAUGUUUCCGGUGGAUCGGGUAUCUUUGCUGUUGGUGUUGCUGGAUACUCUACUAUUGCGGCCAUUGGGUUGUGGUGCAUGCUCUUUGGCAGCAGCAAUGGAAGGAUCAGUCGCCGUAACGGUGCAGACAAGAGGACAGCAGGGUUCCCUUUCAAGAACUCGGAAGCAGCAAAGAAACAUAACAAGGGCCAAUUUGACCCGGAAUCGCAACCCUUCGGGCCAUUCCGUCCCCCGACCGAAACUGAAUCACAGCUCCAGAACGCGACGCAUGCGUUUAUUCGUCCUCCACGAUCAGGCGAGUCGGCGAACAACUUCAUCACUACGUCUCAAUCCACACAGCAGCACCCAGGUCACCCUAGCAAUGGAGUUGCCUCGCACUUACAACCGCAAGGGCAAUCCUGUGGUUUAGAUCAAUCGCAGGACUACAACAAUGGCGUCGCUCAUGCAGCGAAUAUGAGCGGGGCAUUACAUGGCGCUGCUGCUGGACAAAUGGCACCUCCAGCAUCGUUGUCCCAAAAUGAUCUAGCUAUGGGAAACAACGCGCAUCAAACUCAGAAUAACAGCUUAACGCUGCAGUCCCAAGGCCAACCGUUUCAAUCAGACUUCAUCGAGCUGGAUACUGGCUCCACGGAUUCAGUGGCCUUCAAUGGGCCCGGAGAACUGCAAGGCUUCAAAGUGGUCCCGAACCCUCCGAAUCUGGAUUACUGGAGAAAUAGAUUAUUCAACGUCGAUGAAAUGAUCACCCUAAGCGAAGAGGAAUUCCAAACCUACUUCCCGCACGUUGACAAUGUAUACUCUCAUCGCUCCACGCAGCGGACGACCACCCGGAACCCCCAAAUCCGACGACCCAGAAAAAAGAAGCGCAAGCGUACGGCCAGAGAACGAGAUCUCUGCCAUGUUAAAAUCAAAGUCGUGGAAUACUUCCCAGUGUCCGAAAUAUCGAAUCUGACCGAUGCGGUCGAGCCCUUACCAUCUAACAUUUUACCUGGCAUGUAUACUUUCUCUCUGAAUGACGACUCCGCGAUCCGAAAUGUCCAAACAUUCGGUAUGCUCACGCCAAAUCCUGGUCUACCACCAAAUCACCCGGGAUCAAACGGUGGGAGAUAUUUCACUAUACAGCGGGUGAAUGGCAAUGGGGCUAACGGGAAGAACGACGGAGUGAGCGGCGGUCAUCAACAUACACUUGAAGAAAGUGAUCGCGUCAAGAAAAGCAGUGUGCAACGAUACAUUCUGAAGGAAAAGAAAGAUAAGAGGACGAGAGCGGACCGAGUCAUGUCUCGAACAGGCCAAAAAUCAUACCAUACAAAAGCGACGGGUCUGGCCGCUGAAACUGCGAUCAAACACUCUGCCGAUGUUAAUCUCAAGCUAUUUGGGAGCUGCUUCUGCCCCUUCGUGCAACGGGUAUGGAUCGCAUUGGAACUGAAAGGUAUCCCGUAUCAAUACAUCGAAGUGGAUCCGUACGAGAAGCCCCAGUCACUUUUAGAGGUGAAUCCAAGAGGGCUUGUUCCUGCUUUGCGCCACGACGACUGGGGAUGCUAUGAAAGCAAUGUGUUGUUGGAAUAUCUGGAGGACCUGGGUGUAGGGGCUGCAAUGCUUCCGGUAGACCCAAAGCUGCGCGCCCAUUGCCGAUUGUGGGCGGAUCAUGUCAAUCGGCAUAUCGUGCCGAGUUUCUACCGUAUACUGCAAGAGCAGGACCAACAGAAACAGAUCGAGAAGACACAGGAGCUGCGAGAUGCGAUGGAGAAGCUGCUCGAGGUAGCGCAUCCUUCGGGGCCCUUCUUCAUGGGUCCGCAGAUGUCCCUUGUGGACGUUCAAGCUGCACCGUGGAUCAUUCGGCUGCGGCGGGUCCUGAAACCAUACCGAGGAUGGCCAGAUGCCGAGGAGGGAAGCAGGCUGGCCAUUUGGGUGAAUGCAAUCGAGACUGAUCCGCAUGUGCAGGCGACAACUAGCACGGACGAGUUGUACCACGACAGCUAUGAGCGAUAUGCCCAGAACCGUCCAAAUACAUCCCAAGUCGCAAAUGCAAUUAACGCAGGACGGGGCCUCCCUUAA